GAAGAAACUAAAAAUGUGGAAGAAACUAAAAAUGUGGAAGAAACUAAAAAUGUGGAAGAAACUAAAAAUGUGGAAGAAACUAAAAAUGUGGAAGAUAAUAAAGAUAUAAAAGUAGAAAGUGAUGAAGAAAAAACAGAUGAAAAUUAUGACGAGGAUGAAAAAAGUAAUAUUAUGGAGGAUAUGAAUAAAGAUGAAAAUAAUUAUAAUCAAAUAUAUAAAUUUGAGGAUAAUAUUAUCGAUUUAGAUUAUGUUGAUUUAUCAAAGAUUGAAAAAUGUAUGAAUGAAGAAGAUAGAAAUGGUAUGGAUGAGUAUGAAAAAAAUAAUAUGAAAGAUGAUAUAAAUGAGGAACAAAAUAAUAAUGAUGAAAUUUAUAAAAGUGAUGAUAAUGUUGUUAAUUUGGAUAAUACUAAAAAGGAUGUAAAUGAGGAUGAUAAGAGUAAUAUAAUUGAGGAAGUUGAAAAUAUGAACUGCAUGCAGGUAAAAACUGAAGAUGUUAAGAGGGAAGACAUGGGCAUAUGUGAAGUGAAGGAAAAUAAGCCUGAUGAUAAUCAAAUAAAUAAUGUUCAGAAGAAGAAGAAAAAAAAAAAAAGAAGAAAAAAGAAGAAAAAGAGCGUUAUAAAUAAUGUGGUGGAUAAGGAUAUAUCGUUCGAAAAUGAUGUUAUAAAAAAGGAAAUAUCGUUCGAAAAUGAUGUUAUAAAAAAGGAAAUAUCAUUCGAAAAAAAUGUCGUGUACCAUGACAUAUCGGAUGAAAAAUAUAUGAUAGAUGAAGAUAAUAAUAUGAUGAACCCUGAUAAUAUGACAAAUGAUAAUAAAGACAUUUUGAAUGUUGAAAAUGUUAUGAUAUAUGACCACCAUAGUAUAUCAGAUAAUGAUAAUAUGAUGAAUGAAGAAAAAAUGGAUGAUCUAAAAUUAGAUAGUAAAGAAAAUAUGAUGGAUGACCUAAAAUUAGAUAGUAAAGAAAAUAUGGAAGACCUAAAAUUAGAUAGUAAAGAAAAUAUGGAAGACCUAAAAUUAGAUAGUAAAGAAAAAAUGGAUGACCUACAAUUAGAUAGUAAAGAAAAUAUGAUGGAUGACCUAAAAUUAGAUAGUAAAGAAAAAAUGGAUGACCUAAAAUUAGAUAGUGAAGAAAAUAUGGAAGACCUAAAAUUAGAUAGUAAAGAAAAUAUGAUGGAUGAUUUAAAAUUAGAUAGUGAAGAAAAUAUGAUGGAUGAUCUAAAAUUAGAUAGUAAAGAAAAAAUGGAUGACCUACAAUUAGAUAAUGAAGAAGAAAUGGAUGACCUAAAAUUAGAUAGUGAAGAAAAUAUGAUGGAUGACCUACAAUUAGAUAGUAAAGAAAAUAUGAUGGAUGAUCUAAAAUUUGAUAGUAAAGAAAAUAUGAUGGAUGACCUAAAAUUAGAUAGUGAAGAAAAUAUGAUGGAUGACUUAAAAUUAGAUAGUAAAGAAAAAAUGGAUGACCUAAAAUUUGAUAGUGAAGAAAAUAUGAUGGAUGACUUAAAAUUAGAUAGCGAAGAAAAAAUGAUGGAUGAUCUAAAAUUAGAUAGUGAAGAAAAUAUGAUGGAUGACUUAAAAUUAGAUAGCGAAGAAAAAAUGAUGGAUGAUCUAAAAUUAGAUAGUGAAGAAAAUAUGAUGGAUGACUUAAAAUUAGAUAGCGAAGAAAAAAUGAUGGAUGAUCUAAAAUUUGAUAGUAAAGAAAAUAUGGAUGACCUACAAUUAGAUAGUAAAGAAAAAUGAUGGAUGA